AUGCCUCUCCCAUACCGCACCAUCAUCACCAUAAACAACCAACUCGACACCGACCUCUACGACUUUGACCCCAAAAUCCAGACUGGCUCCAUAUCCGGCGUCCUACCCGACUUCAUCAGAGCAGGCACAGAACAAUCAGUCUGUGUUCGCGCACCCAGCUCAUUCGCCGGAUCGAGCGGCGCCAUCCUGUGCAAGACAUACAACCAUGACAAGAAACGCGACGAGAGACUCGCGUUCGAAUUUAAAUGUGUCAACGAAGAGGCCAAUUUUGUCAAGUUUAGUAACUCGAUGCCGGAGCUUAUUGGAGUAAAGAUUGACCCGUAUACGCCGACUGAUCACCCGUUGUAUGCUACUUAUACAAUUACCCAAGAAAACCCUGCGGAUUAG